AGGUCUCAGCUACUGAAGAUAGCAACUUCGUUGGUCCCGACGUACGGUUUCACUCGGGAGACACUCUCGCGUUCUGUGCUGGAGUUGCCAAAGGACAGGGCUCAUUCUGAGCCUCUCUCAGAAAACGCAGUAUCUUCGUUGUUCGGAUCAGGGGACUAUGCUAAGAAAACUCUGAUUGAAGCUUGGCUGAGUGAAGGUAUAACUCAGAUGGCGUCCGCGCCGUCCCCAUCCUUGGGCCAUGUCCUUCAUGCAAGGUUGAGUUAUAAUGAACCCGUGCUCCAUUUUCUUCCUGAGGCAUUCGCUUUGCUGGCCUCGCUAGAAGGCGGUCUACCACCACUUGAUCCUCGACCUGCUUUGAAACACGCCUCGCGGAUAGCCGAUGAAGCUUCCUAUAUCUCAGGCGACGCUUCGACUCAGCUCUCUUGGUAUACGCGUAGGGCAUCGCUAGCGGCGAUAUAUUCUGCUGCAGAGCUUCAUCAAUUUACAUCUCCCAGAACCGCUCAUGCAUUCCUUGAUUCUCUGUUGACCGGCUCUUCUGCUCUCAAACAAUCUGUGGACGAAGUUCAGCUUUUCUCAAGUUAUGUCUUGCAAAGUUGGAAAGGGAUACUUCAAAGUAAAGGAAUUCUGUAG